AUGUCUCUGUUUAAACGCACGUUUAGGUCGCAAGACCCCAACGUCCGCGUCGACAAGUCGUCGAGGCUGAAGAAGUCCAACUCCAUCAGGGAUAACCAGAAGCUGUCGAAAAUGCAACGGUCGGCUCCGGAUGACCAGCACGCCACCAUGGCCCCGCCCGUUGCCGCACCCCGCGGCGCCGCGCCGAUGCCGGCCAAGGCCUCCGGCGGUGGAAAGUCAUCCGUGGCGCCCUCCCCCAUCGUGACCCUGACCGUCGGCCGCGAGGGCCGGCUGUUCGCUGCCCACGAGGACGUCCUCUUCCAGUCGCCCUUUUUCGAGGCCGCCUGCCGAGGUCAGUUUUUCGAGGCGCAGAGCAAGAGAAUAGCCCUCCCAGACGAAGACCCCGAAGUCUUCUCCGCCGUCCUUGAGUACCUUUACAAGGGUGACUACUACCCCCGUCUUGUUCACAACAGGCACCGCAACUCUUGGGAACUCGAGGACGUCGUCAGAGGAACCCCCCAAACAUCCCCCAACCCAGACAACCACAGAAGUGGCCGCGCAGCUGCUGUGCCGGGUGCGUACCCGCCGACGCCAAACUCGGCCCACACCACCACCAGCAACAACACAACAGGCACCACCCCCAGCGACGCAACAAUCUACAUUGCGGGCUGUGGGCAGCACAUCCUCCGCGACACAGUCAUCUACUGCGCCGCGGAGCGGUACGGGCUCGAGGAGCUCAAGCGCCUGGCUCUGCGUAAGCAGGGUCUCCAGUCUGGUGUCGACGUCGGCACCAUUCUGCGCUCCGCCCAGUACGCCUAUGCCCACACCCCCGAUUCAGACUCGCGCCUGCGCGCUCACUACCUUGCCCUGAUCAUCCGGUGUCGCAAGACAUUUAAGAGGAGCGGUACUAUGCAGACCGAGAUGGAGCGCGGCGGUAGCAAGCUCUUCUUCGACCUGUUCGUGGCCAUGUGCAACCACCUCGACGACGUGAUCGACCACACCAACGCACGAACCCCCAAGACCGUCUGA